GAUGAACACUAUAAUAACAAACAGCGAAGAGAGCGAUAAGACAGAAGAUAAAAAGGGCAUUAUUAAGAAUAUGAUUGUUGUAAUGAUUUCAGUUGUCCUUGUUUUUGCUACUAUACAAGGAUUGCUAGUUCUUCAGAGUACCUUGAACUCUUCAAAAGGCGUUAUAUCCCUUAGCAUUUUUACUUGCUCCGCUGUAUUUUCGUGCCUAUUUAUUUCUAGUUACGUUCCAAGGAAAAUUGGUUGUAAAAGGUCCUUAAUUUUAAGUAUUGUUGGAACUACUUUAUGGACCAUGGCUAAUUUAUAUGCAACGUGGUAUACGCUUAUUUUCGGCUCUUUGAUUUUAGGUUUAGCCUGGGGUAUCUUAUGGACAUCUUACAGUACAUUCUUUACAAUGUGUGCAAUAAAUUACGCUAAAUUAACAAGUCAAGAACCAUCUAGAGUAAUAGCGAGGGUGUUUGGUUUCUGUUUUAUGGUCUUAUUGUCGGGUCCAAUUUGGGGUAACUUAUUAUCAUCCUCUAUACUCUCUUUAUCCUCAUCGAUCCCCUCAUCAAAUUUUAAUGCCACUUCGACCGAAAGUAACGAUACCCUGCCAGGCUUCUGCGGCUCUGAUGAUUGUCCCACAAGUAAUACAACGGAGGGUGGAACGCCUCACAGGCCAGAUCAAUGGGUAAUUGGCGUGCUAAUAGGAGCUUAUGCCUCUGUAACAGUCCUUUCUCUCCUUUGUCUGUUACUUUUCCUCGAUUUAGCAAAGACAAAAUAUUCUGAUAAAAAAAUUGAUUACAACUGCAACAUUUUCUUGUCAACCAUGUCAAGACUUAAGGAUAAAAAUCAGGUUUUGUUAGUUGCUAUUACAGUCUACACUGGAAUGGAACAGGCCUAUAUGACGGCUGAAUAUACAAAAUCAUUUGUAGCCUGUUCUUUAGGAUUAUCUAAAAUUGGUUUCGUUAUUAUGAUCUUUAAUUCAUCUGCAGCAAUAAUGUCGAUUCUCUCCGGAAUAAUGGUUUCCAGGUUCAACCGUCUCUCUGUUUUCACACUGGGUAUCGUAAAUAUAUAAAUAGACGCCUCUUCAAUUAUACUUACUUUUCGCAAUGAACCGUAAUUUUAGCUUUCAUAACACAAUUCAGUUGUUUAAUAGUCUUUCUCUUUUGGAAACCGGAAGUAUCUAAAACGUGGAUAAUAUACGUAAUGGCUAUAUUUUGGGGUAUUGGCGACGGUAUAUGGCAAUCGCAAAUCAACUGUAAGUUUGACAAAUUCCGGAUUUAUUAGAGAAACAAAU